UAAGAUUUGUUUUUUCUUUAAAUAAACCAAAUUAACAACUUAAAAAAAUUAUCAAAAAUACAUGGGCAUUCUUAGUCAGAACUAAUUCCCCUAGUGCAUGGAAAACGGUAAAUUCAAACCCGAUUAAUCAAACAUAAUUUGCUUCAGAAUUACUUGACCAUGUGCAUGUGCCCAACGUCUAUGUCUUCUGGAGGUGAUGAUACUUCUUUAUCUCUCGAUCAAUUUUCUUGAAAAUAGCAUGCGUUGUGAGCGCUUGCAUAUUGUGCUGCAUUAAGUACCCAAUGCAUAAUGAACUCUACUACCAAAGGCAUAAAAAAAGAAACUGAUAAUUAAAUGCGAUACAUAUAUUAAAUAUCAACCGAAGAUUUAUUCAUAUCCCCCAGAGGAGCCGUUUGAUUGUUUAGUCCAUGCUAUAUAACUUUUAUUUUGUCAGUCUAAUGUUAUAUCUCAAGAGAUAAGCCCAAUAAAUCUUCUUUUUAUAUCUCAAGACUCAAAGGCAACACAUUUUGAGUUUAAUAAAAUAAGUAACGUCCAAAUGCUAAAUACAAACGGACCAAAAUCAUGGGGGUAUAGAUUUUAUUUUUGUUGCAAAGUGCAUGCAGUGAUUUUAUUGAUGAAUGCGAUAGCGCGGCGAAAGAGAAUAAUCGUAACCUAGAUGACAAAAUACUCGGCCGUACACACAUACAUAAAUACAAACCUGCCACUUCACAUGUCACCCACCUUUAAGCACCCCUUCACAUACUUAUACUUUCUUUAUAGUUUAUAACUAAAACAAAAAUAACAACUUCUUGUUCUUAUUUAUGUUACUAUAAUUCGAGUGAAUAAUACUAAAAAUGUUAUCUCUAAAUACAUUGUUCACAUAGACUACAAGAUUGAGCAUAAAAUGCACCCUUCGACAUAACUAUAUAUAGAUUCCUUAUUUUAGCUAUUUAAGACAUAUUGCACAUGUAUAGAAACAUACAUACAUAUUGCAUAUAUGCACAUCUAUACAUUGAAAAAGCUGUUCUUGCAAAUAUUUGUCUUACACAACACAAGCGACCGAAGCGAUGCGUUUCCCAAUGAUAAGGUUACCACAUACUUACACGACUCUCUCUACUGUCUCGUCUCUUUCUUUCCUCAUCCCUCUCCUUUGUCUCCUUUCACUCUAUUUGCCACUUUUCAGAAUAUUUUUACGUAAAAAUUAUGGACAUGUCAUUGUCUCCACCCUACUCUACUCUUUUUUUGUUCUUUUUGCUUCCUCUUGUGUCACAAAAAUAAGAAGAUUAAACGUACAUUUCUCUCUAAAACAAGACUCAAAUGACCAAAACCCGGAUUCUCAACCCGACCCGAUUCCCUUCUCCCAAACCCUUACGUGGCGGCGGCGACGCUAACUUCAUGGAACAGCUCCUCCUCCACUGCGCUACCGCCAUAGACUCCAACGACGCCGCAUUGACUCACCAAAUCCUCUGGGUGCUCAACAACAUCGCCCCAUCAGACGGUGACUCCACACAACGACUUACCUCCGCCUUCCUCCGCGCGUUGCUCUCACGCGCCGUCUCCAAAACCCCUACACUAUCAUCCACCAUUAGUUUCCUACCUCCGGCCGAUGAACUCCACCGGUUCUCAGUCGUGGAGCUAGCUGCAUUCGUAGACCUCACUCCGUGGCACAGGUUCGGAUUCAUUGCAGCCAACGCUGCGAUCUUAACCGCCGUGGAAGGUUACUCAACGGUUCACAUCGUUGACUUAAGUUUGACUCAUUGUAUGCAAAUUCCUACUCUCAUAGACGCCAUGGCAAGACGACUCAACAAACCUCCUCCGCUUCUUAAACUCACCGUCGUCUCUUCCUCCGACGACUUCCCACCAUUCAUCAACAUCUCAUACGAAGAACUCGGAUCCAAACUCGUAAACUUCGCCACCACACGAAACAUAACAAUGGAGUUCACAAUCAUACCUUCUACUUACUCCGAUGGCUUCUCUUCUCUACUCCAACAAUUACGUAUUUACCCUUCUUCAUUCAACGAAGCUCUCGUCGUCAACUGUCAUAUGAUGCUCCGUUAUAUCCCUGAAGAAACCCUAACUUCAUCAUCAUCAUCUCUCCGAACAGUUUUCUUGAAAACACUCCGAUCUUUGAAUCCAAGAAUCGUAACCCUAAUCGAAGAAGACGUAGAUCUCACAUCGGAGGGUUUGGUUAACCGGUUAAAAUCGGCGUUUAACUACUUCUGGAUCCCGUUCGAUACGACGGACACGUUAAUGAGCGAGCAAAGACGGUGGUACGAGGCGGAGAUAAGUUGGAAGAUAGAAAACGUGGUGGCGAAGGAAGGUGCGGAGAGGGUGGAGAGAACGGAGACGAAGAGACGGUGGAUAGAGAGGAUGAGAGAGGCUGAGUUUGGUGGAGUUAGGGUUAAGGAAGAGGCGGUGGCUGAUGUGAAGGCGAUGCUGGAGGAGCACGCCGUCGGGUGGGGAAUGAAGACGGAAGACGACGACGAGAGUCUUGUGCUGACGUGGAAAGGUCAUAGUGUUGUGUUUGCUACCGUUUGGGUUCCUAUUUAAAUUGGGUUGAUGUGAUUUAAUUAGCGUUUUAAUUGGAUACUAGUAGAUUAGCGUUGCUUUGAUUUCUGAUCUAAUUACAGUUUUUAGUAAUAAUUUUUUUUA